CCCAAGCAGCUUUUAUGCAGAGACUGCACAGCUAUUUCAAGCAUUUAAAUCACAUGGGCUCAAGAACAUUUUAAUAAACCAUGUCUAGCAAACGAGCCAACAGCGUCUCCUUAAAAUACAACAGCUAGUGAGAAGCAGCAGGAAAGCAACUUGUUCUAAGAAGAUAAAAACUUUACUUGCCAGGAAAGAUGUCGGACAGAAGCCCCUUCGAAACAGAUAUGCUAACUCUGACUCGAUACGUUAUGGAAAAGGGACGACGAGUUAAAGGCGCUACAGGGGAGCUAACACAGCUGCUUAACUCAAUGCUGACUGCCGUCAAGGCCAUCUCCUCUGCAGUCAGAAAGGCAGGCCUCGCCCAUAUGUAUGGAAUAGCAGGAACUGUCAAUGUGACUGGUGAUGAAGUGAAGAAGCUGGAUGUGCUAUCUAAUUCACUGGUUAUUAACAUGCUACAGUCCUCCUACAGCACCUGCGUCCUAGUCACAGAGGAGAAUAAAGACGCCGUUGUCACUCCACAAGACAAGAGGGGUAAAUAUGUAGUGUGCUUUGAUCCGCUAGAUGGCUCUUCCAAUAUAGAUUGUUUGGCAUCAAUAGGAACAAUAUUUGCUAUCUACAAAAAGACUACAGAAGAUGAGCCCUCUGAAAAGGAUGCUUUGCAGCCAGGACGAAAUAUUGUUGCAGCAGGCUAUGCCUUGUAUGGAAGUGCUACGCUGGUGGCUCUUUCUACCGGACAAGGAGUGGACUGCUUCAUGCUAGAUCCGGCUCUUGGUGAAUUUGUUCUGGUGGAUAAAGAUGUGAAAAUCAAGAAGAAAGGGAAGACUUACAGUAUCAAUGAGGGUUAUGCUAAGUAUUUUGAUCCUGCGAUGACUGAGUAUUUACAAAGGAAGAAAUUCCCUGAGGAUGGCAGUGCCCCUUAUGGCUCUAGAUAUGUGGGUUCAAUGGUGGCUGAUGUUCAUCGCACCCUGAUGUAUGGUGGGAUAUUCAUGUACCCAGCUAACCAGAAGAGUCCUAAGGGAAAGCUCCGGCUCCUUUAUGAGUGCAACCCCAUGGCUUUCAUCAUUGAGCAGGCAGGUGGGAUGGCUACCACAGGAACUGAGCCAGUGCUGGAUGUGAAGCCUGAGUCUAUUCACCAGAGAGUCCCGUUCAUUCUUGGUUCCCCAGAUGAUGUGCAGGAAUACCUUGCCUGUGUGCAGAAACACCAGAAAAGUAGCUAAUGGCAUUCACAGCCCAGAUGUUCCACCUGCACCAGCUACAUUGCUUUCCACAAAGAGAAGCAAUCAGAUUACUUGAGUUUCCAAGGUAUCAGUUCUCCCUUUCAUUGACAACUAUAGAAACAGUGAAAACUGUUCCUAAAGGUUUUAUUUCCCCUUGAAUACAAGUGCAAAAAUUCUUUAGUUUCAGUUUCUAUAAUACAAGAGUAGAAGCCAAGUCCUAAUUUUAAGAGUAACAGUAGCUACUUGCUUCACACUAACAAAGGAAGUGAAUUGUUUGGGUUACACUAUUUGAUUUAAAGCUAGAUGUCUGAUAAUGCAGUGACUGGGAUUGAGACAAAGCAUUUUUAUGUCAAUAUUCCAGACUUAAUUUAGAUAUUAUGUAACUAUUUUCUGCUGGAGGUUUUGCUGCAGGCAAUUUUUAUUUUGUCAGCCCACAUUCUAUCCACAGUCUUGUGAUCUGAGUAUGUUUAUGUUGCAAAUAAUAUUUGCAUUGGGUAAUUAAUAAAGAUUAAAAUUGAAUUAA